AUGUUGAGUUCAUUCCGUAACACUGUUAAGUCAAAUUCAAUAAUACCAAGAAGAUUUUUAUCUUCAUCAUCAGUUAGAUGUCAAACCAUUGGUUCCGAUAUUAGAGGUACUGAUUUUAAUGCUGCUAAAUAUACUAGUCAAAAAUAUCAUGUUAUUGAUCAUGAAUAUGAUUGUGUGGUUGUUGGUGCUGGUGGUGCUGGUUUAAGAGCUGCUUUUGGUUUAGCUGAAGCUGGAUUUAAAACUGCUUGUAUUUCCAAAUUAUUCCCAACCAGAUCUCAUACUGUUGCUGCUCAAGGUGGUAUUAAUGCUGCUUUAGGUAAUAUGCAUAAAGAUGACUGGCAUUGGCAUUUUUAUGAUACCGUUAAAGGUUCUGAUUGGUUAGGAGAUCAAGAUGCUAUUCAUUAUAUGACAAAGGAAGCUCCUCAAUCUAUUUAUGAAUUGGAAAAUUACGGUGUCCCAUUCUCAAGAAAUGAAGAAGGUAGAAUUUAUCAAAGAGCUUUUGGUGGUCAAUCAAAAGAAUAUGGUAAAGGUGGUCAAGCUUACAGAACUUGUGCUGUAGCAGAUAGAACUGGUCAUGCUUUAUUACAUUCUUUAUAUGGUCAAUCUUUAAGACAUGAUACUCAUUUUUUCAUUGAAUUCUUUGCUAUGGAUUUAUUAAUGCAAGAUGGUGCUUGUGUUGGUGUCAUUGCUUAUAAUCAAGAAGAUGGUACUUUACAUAGAUUCAGAUCCCAUAAGACUGUUAUUGCAACUGGUGGUUAUGGUAGAGCUUAUUUCUCUUGUACUUCUGCCCAUACUUGUACUGGUGAUGGUUAUGCUAUGGUUUCAAGAGCUGGUUUACCAUUAGAAGAUUUAGAAUUCGUUCAAUUCCAUCCUUCUGGUAUUUAUGGAUCUGGUUGUCUUAUUACUGAAGGUGCUAGAGGUGAAGGUGGUUUCUUACUUAACUCUGAAGGUGAAAGAUUUAUGGAACGUUAUGCUCCAUCAGCCAAAGAUUUAGCCUCAAGAGAUGUUGUUUCAAGAGCUAUUACUAUGGAAAUUAAUGAAGGUAGAGGUGUAGGACCAAAGAAGGAUCACAUGUUCUUACAAUUAAGUCAUAUUCCUGCUUCUGUAUUAAAGGAAAGAUUACCAGGUAUUUCUGAAACUGCUCAUAUUUUCGCUGGUGUUGAUGUUACUAAAGAACCAAUUCCAAUUUUACCAACUGUUCAUUAUAAUAUGGGUGGUAUUCCAACCAAAUGGAAUGGUGAAGUUCUUAAAAAGAAUGAAAAAGGUGAAGAUGAAGUUGUUCCAGGUUUAUUGGCUUGUGGUGAAGCUGCUUGUGCUUCUGUUCAUGGUGCUAAUAGAUUAGGUGCUAAUUCUUUAUUAGAUUUAGUUGUUUUCGGUAGAGCUGUUUCUCAUACUAUUAGAGAUUCUUUAACUCCAGGUACUCCAUUACCACCAGCUCCAAAGGAUAUUGGUUAUGAAUCUAUUGAAAACUUGGAUAAAUUAAGAAAUGCUAAUGGUACUAAGAGUACUGCUGAUAUCAGAAUGGAUAUGCAAACUACUAUGCAAAAGGGAUGUGCUGUUUUCAGAACUCAAGAUACUUUAGAUAAGUGUGUUGAACAUAUUACUGAAGUUGAUAAAUCUUUUACUGAUGUUAAGACUACUGACAGAUCUAUGAUUUGGAAUUCUGAUUUAGUUGAAACUUUAGAAUUACAAAACUUGUUAACUUGUGCUACUCAAACUGCUGUUUCUGCUGCUGCUAGAAAAGAAUCAAGAGGUGCUCAUGCUAGAGAUGAUUUCCCAAGUAGAGAUGAUGUUAACUGGAGAAAGCAUACUUUAUCUUACCAAACUGAAUUUGGUGCACCAGUUAAGUUGGAUUACAGAGAUGUUAUCAAGACUACUAUGGAUGAAAGUGAUUGUAAACCUGUACCUCCAGCCGUUCGUGUUUAUUAG